GCUGCUGCUUUAUAAACCACAGUUCUCAGCUCAGCACACUUGGAAACAUUGCUUGUUUCAACUUCUUUUCAAUCUGCUUUGGAACAGCUAUGCUGCCCGAUUCAACUUCAGCUCUUCUUCUCCUGAGCGUCGUCCUUGUUCACUCCUCUGUUCUGUCCUGUCGGAUCGGGACCGAAGGAGAGUGUCUUGUUGCUCCUUUUGUACCAGGCCACAACYUGGUGGGGGAAGGUUUUGAUGUAGUCACACAGCAGAGAAAAGCUGAUGUGAUUGAUGUGAAGACUUACCUGAGCCCCAGCAAAACCUGUAAACUCUGCACUAACCCUCUUCAAAACGAUGCCCUCCAAAAACUUCCAUCUUCUGUUGUGGACUGGAGUUACGUCAGUCAAUGCAGUCCUGACAUCCACAGCAGACKUCACACCUCUCUUAGCUCUCUGGUUCAGGCUUACACAUCCCAAGAUGCCAGUAAUUGGACGUUUGGCUUGGAUUUUCUAAAAAGUCCGGAGUUUGGCAAGUUAGAUAUGGGAGCAACCCGCUCCAAAGCCUACAAGUUCGCUUCACAAAGGAUCAAAGAGGAUCGCUACACUUUCAGCAUACACAGUGUCACCUGCAACACUUAUGGUUUUAUAUUAUCAACCCCACCUCCCUUAAGCUUUAAAUUCAAAAAGCGGUUAGACCUCCUGCCAAGUCACUACAACAACUCCACUAAGAACGAGUAUAGAAAGCUCGUAAACACCUAUGGCACACACUACUUCAGAAAGGUUAAUCUUGGAGGGCGACUGAGACGACUGAUAUCUUCACGAAGCUGUUUGUCCUCCAUGAAUGGGUUAACCUCAAGUGAGAUCAAGACAUGUUUAUCUAUGGGUGUUGCUGUUGGCUUGGGGAAGAUGAAAAUCUCUAGUGUCCCAAAGUCUUGCAUUCGUGUCCUAAAAAACCAGGACGUUGCCACUAACUUCAGCUCUGGUCUCUACCAACACUUCACAGAGGUAUCAGGAGGAAAUGGUUGGUUGGGGGAGUUUUCAAUUUUCCAAAAUGAUUCCAUGGGCUACAUGAACUGGCUAAAGAGCCUGAAAAAAUAUCCAGAUGUUGUUUCAUACUCCCUUCGACCUCUCUAUGAGCUCGUGCCAAACGAGCUUCAAAAGGCAGCAGUGAAAGAUGCUAUUGAGCAGUAUUUGAAGGACAAUGCUGUGAAAAAAUCACUCAAAGAACCACACUGUGAGGGCAAAACCCCUAAUGUGGCAUCUAACUGCUGCCCUCAGCACGCCUCCUGGGGAACUCUAACAGUGAGCAUUGUUCAAGGUUGGAAACUAUAUGGAGAUGUUUUUGGAAAAACUGAUGGCUAUGCCAAGAUGUACUAUGGUUCCAUACAACGCAGGACCAAAGUGAUCGAAUCCAAUAAUCCCCAGUGGAACGCUGAGUUUAAUUUGGGCAAGGUUCUCAGUGCUCACCUUCCAUGCUGAUUCUCCGGUCAGUGGAUGUCCUCCCUCGGCAUCUCUCUCUUGUCCUCCUCGCUGCUCCCAUUCAGAACAUCUGCAGCUCACCUCCRGUGAGUCCUCACCUGCCUGUCCACCCUCCAACUGUCCAUCUCCUCUGGCCGAGGAACCUAGAAAAAAAGACAAAUUACU